CAAAGACUGUGACUUUGCCUCCCGUCCCCUCUUCAUCUCCACGUCCCUCCUCUCUCUCCGUGGCUCUCCCCCCCCCCGAUGCCUCGCUCUUGUCGGAUGGGAGACAGCGUCACGCAGCAGGCAGGAUGACAAACCAGCCGACAGCCAACCAGUCCAACGCAAACAAGGAGAAGGAGAAAGAAGAAAGCCAGCGAGAUGACAACACAGAGGUUGCGUACAAAGAUGCCGGCCACUGCAGCCGCAACACCCACAACCUCCUGCUGGGACUCACUGUUAUGGGUGUUGUUAUGGGAGCAGUGUUUGGGAUGCUGCUGCGGUACAUGCAGGUGACGGACAGCGCCGCGCUCACCAUGGUUUCCUUCCCUGGAGAAAUCCUCAUGAGGAUGCUGAAAAUGCUCAUCCUGCCUCUGAUCAUCUCCAGCCUCAUCACAGGGCUGGCUGGUUUAGACGCCCGCUCCAGUGGCAGGAUGGGUAGUAGAGCCAUGGUGUAUUAUAUGUCCACCACUGUAAUUGCUGCCAUCCUCGGGGUCAUCCUGGUGUUGGGGAUCCACCCGGGGAACCCCAAACUGAGGGGAGGAACAGCAAACACAGCCCCAAAGAACCAGGAGGUCAGCAGUCUGGACGCCUUCCUCGACCUGAUCCGAAACCUCUUCCCUGAGAACCUGGUGCAGGCCUGCUUCCAGCAGGUUCAGACGGUGCUGAAAAAGGUGCCGGUUGCAGCACCAAACCAAACUGAGCCCAUUGUAGUGAACAGAAAGAAACUGGAAUAUAAAUGGGGCAUGAACGUCCUCGGCUUGAUUGGCUUCUUCAUCACCUUUGGGAUCUGCAUGGGCAGGAUGGGCGAGCGGGGGAAGAUCAUGUGCGACUUCUUCAACAUCCUCAAUGAAAUCAUCAUGACCAUGGUCUCCAUGAUCAUGUGGUACUCUCCUGUUGGCAUCGCCUCUCUGAUCGCGGGGAAGAUUGCCGCCAUCGGAGACCUGGAAACGGUGGCCAGGCAGCUCGGCAUGUACAUGGUGACCGUUAUUGUGGGCCUGGUGAUCCACGGCGGCUUGAUCCUACCCGCCAUAUUCUUCGCUAUCACCAGGAAAAGCCCCUUUGCUUUCUACUCGGGAAUUUUCCAGGCUUGGAUCACUGCUUUGGGCACUGCUAGCAGUGCAGGGACGUUACCCGUCACCUUCCGCUGCCUGGAGGAGAAUCUGAAGAUCGAUAAACGCGUGACCCGCUUCGUGCUGCCCAUUGGUGCCACCAUCAACAUGGACGGCACUGCGCUGUAUGAGGCCGUGGCAGCCAUCUUUAUUGCCCAGAUGAAUGACAUCUCCCUGGACGGCGGACAGAUUGUCACUGUCAGCAUGACCGCCACACUGGCCAGUGUUGGAGCUGCCAGUAUUCCCAGUGCUGGACUGGUGACCAUGCUGCUCAUCCUGACGGCUGUCGGCUUGCCCACCCAGGACAUCAGUCUGCUCAUUGCCGUCGACUGGCUGCUUGACAGAAUGCGUACCUCCAUCAAUGUGGUGGGCGACUCAUUCGGUGCCGGGAUCGUGGACCACUUGUCCAAGGUGGAGCUCGCCGAACUUGACGCCGCAGAAUUGCAAAUGCUCCCGCCGGUGGAGGAGCUCGAUUUCAUCCCUCCGCCUCCGAUCCUCACAGAGAUGGACCUGGUCGAUCCUCUCAAACCGCCCGAGCUGCCGCCCCGCUCCCCUCGCCCACCGAAACAAAACAACCAUGGCCACGUCCUCUCCCAGUCCCACUCCAUCACUUACUCACCGUCCCGCUCUAUCCGAUCUCCAUCGCCUCACUCCAUCCGUUCUCCCUCUCCGCGCUCCGUCUGCUCCCAUUCUCCCCGGCCUUUCCGUACUCACUCACCACGCCUCCUCCGCAGGACGGAGCCGGGCUACUGCGCUCUGCCCAGCCACGAUAACCAGAUUCCCACACUGCCUCGCUGCUACAGAGAGAGAGAGAGGGAUCGGGAGCGGGAGCGACUGAGGCGAGAGAGUGAAACCGAGGAGGAGGAGGAGAGAGAGAGGGUUUUGGGUGAAGUCAGCGACGGUGAGGAGAGUGAUGACACUGCUUAUGAUCGGAGGCACGCCAUCCCGCCGGGCGACCUGCCAUGAUUGGAUUUUACCACGAAAAAAGCUUCCCCAUCGAUUUGUUUCCAUUUUACGACAGGUCUCCCCACUUUAGUGCUUUUCUAGCAAGACUCCAGUGGAGGUCCACGCUACUCCUCGUAUCUAUUUUGAGCUGAUGAUCUUGAUCGACAGGGCCGAUCAAUAAGUUUACUUUGAGCAUAAUAUCCAUAGAUAUUAAAAUGUUGCAGUGGCAACAAGCUGCUGCUGAUAGCCCUGAAAACCGGCCCAGAGGUUUCUGCUCUUUGGUUUGCUGCAACAGAGAGCUUAAAUGGAGAGUUGUUUCCCUCGUUUACUCAUCUCAUUUCCUUUUUAUAAAUCCAUUACUGUGUCGAUUUAUCAUUUUAUGACCAAACUUAAAAUGCUCCCGUAUGCCUGAACUGACACCAGAGAAUUGUGAGUCUGCUCUUGAUGAGAAACGUAUGUUGGUGUUUUUUACCAGCUUUUUAACGCACAACCACAGGUUAUUAGCUGCUCCUUUGCUUAGUUACUUUUAGUUUUUUGGCAGGAAGUGAAAAUUAUUCAACUUAAAGGAAUCAUUCAGUGUUUUGGGAGCUAUGUUUACUUGCUUACUUGCAGAGAGGUAGGUGAAAAGUUGAGACAGCUUAGCACAAAAACUGGAAAUGGGGAAACAGCCUGACAACAGGUAGUAGGUCACAUAGCUAAAUAAACUUAACAAAAGAUGUUUUCAGUGACGCAUUAAAGUUUUUUUCUUUGAUGAACAAUGAAACACUGUUCGUCUUAGUUCUUGUUUUUAAAGGUUACUUUCUAAUUAGAUUUAGUUUAAUCUUAUGAAAAAUAUGUCGUCAGUGAAUAUUUUUGGUCAUGUUUGUUUUCACUGACAGAAUUAACACUGUGUGCAGGACUGUUUCUGGGCUGGGAGCAGUGACUUCCUGUAGCACCCACUGCUGGCCUGGCAACUUGUCCCCAACCCAGAAAUAAUCCAGCAAAAAAAACCUGCAUAAAACCAAAUUUCAACAUUAAACAAAUGAGAUAAUAAUCGGGUUAAUGUGUGAGCUUCAGGGGUAUAGAUCCAGGCUAGCUCUUUCACCCCCGUUUCCAGUCUUUAUGCUAAGCUAAGGUAAGCAGAUGCUGGAUGUAGCUUCAUAUUAACGUACAGACCCGAGAGUCGGAGGCAAGAAAGCCGGCAAACGUAUUUUCCCAAAAUGUCCAACUAUUCCUUUAAAUCACCUCAAGAGAACAACAGGUUCAUGUAAAUGAAAAACACAACCAGCAGACGUUAUUUUUAUAAUUCUCCACCUUCUUGCGUCCUCGGUGCUCUUCUUGCACAUCACCUCAUUUUCCCUGACAGCACGUCUCUGUUGAUGUUAAUAUUGUCUAUAUUAUCUAUGGUUUGUAUUAUCUCGUUGUGGUUUGGUGUCUGAAAUGAUGCGUAAUAGGAAAGAUGCUGUUUUACUUUUGUUGUAUGUUUAAAUUUACUAAUUUAAUUUUGCUCUCAUUUAUCAUUUGGAGUUCUUCAUGGCUGUAAAAUAACUCCAUCAGUCUCUGUCCCAAACUGUCCCACUGAACUGCCUUUCAUUUUAAAUUUAAAUUCAUCAAAAGCCUCCCUACAUCCUUAAGUCUUAACUCAG